AUGGGACGAAGGGGCCUCAACGUGGUGGUGUGGGGCUCGGCCUUUGCGCUGGGCGUGCGCUGCCUGCUCUUCGCCUGGGAGGGUCUGCCAGAGCUCCUCUCCACUCGCAUCGAGCUUGUCACCCCUGUCACCUCCUACAACAGACUGAAAGAGGGCCUCUACUUGGUGGAGUCGGGGCUGUCACCCUACGCCGGCGAUGCCUACCACCAGGCACCGCUGUUGCUGUGGUUCUUCUCGUUCUUCUUCUCCUCGUCGAUGCCGCAGCCCAGCGGCGAGGCGCUCACCGCCGCCGCGGCCUACCUGCCUACCAUCUCGCACUACGCCACGCCGGCCCUCUUCAUCUUCACCGACUUCUUCAUCGCCUUCCUCCUCAUGUUCCUCUCCCAGAACUACCUCGCCCACCCCACCUUCACCGCCUCCUCCUCCGCCUCCUCCUCAAACGCACCCUCACCUUCAUCGCCGUCGUCUUCGUCUACGUCUUCUUCAUCGUCGCCCACGACAUCAUCUCCAUCGGCGUCGGUGGUCGCGGCCAACUUCAAUUCGUCAACGUCGCCGCCGCUGACGGGCGAGAUCGUGUUCUGCGUGUAUCUGACCAACCCGUGGACGAUUCUCACCUGCGUGGCCCAGUCCACCAUCGUGUUCAACAAUCUCGCCGUCGUUCUAUGCCUCUACGCCGCCGUCAAGGGGAAUGUUUGGCUGGCGACGCUGUGCCUGGCGCUGGGCACGUACCUGUCGCUGUAUCCGGCUCUGCUGAUCUUCCCGCUCGUCGCCAUCUUCCACACCUACUACAAGCAACCUGUGCAGAGUGCGUGGGUGGUGGGAUUCGCGGUUGUGGCGUGCUAUGCCGUGUGGCUCUCCGCCCUGUUCUAUCUCUCGUUCCUCCAGCUGGGUUCGUGGGGCUGGCUCAAGGAGGUGUACGGGUUCAUCUUCUUCGCGCCGGACCUGACGCCCAACAUCGGCCUCUUUUGGUACUACUUCACCGAGGCGUUCAUGCACUUCCGCCCGUUCUUCAUCUUCGUCUUCCAGUACCACCCGGUCAUCUACGUACUGCCGCUCACCGUCAGAUUCAGACGCCACGGGGUUUUCCUGUUUUGGAUCUUCAUGGGCCUCAUCGGCAUGCUCAAGUCCUAUCCUUGCAUCGGUGACAUGGCCCCCUACAUCAGCCUUCUGCCCCUCUUCCACGUCCUAAACCUCGCGCAAAACAAGCGCAGCGUCUUCAUCUGCCUCGGCUUCGUGUACCUCAACGUGGUGGGACCCAUCAUGUGGCAUCUGUGGAUCAACCAGGGAACCGGCAACGCCAACUUCUUCUACGCCAUGACCCUCAUCUUCUUCCUCUUCCAGGGCUGGCUGGUGCGAGACUGUCUGACCUCGGCCUCAGUCUUGGACGACCUCAUGACACAAGAGGAGAAGCAAAAGACCAAGAAGGCCCAGGCCCAGACUACUCCUACGCUCCCGACGCCCGAAACCGCUGCUUCGUCCACAGCCAAGGCAAUCAAAGUGGACUGA